AUCUUCGACCUGCACUACCCUACGCAGUACGCAUAACGCACCAUUCGUUAAAAACUUAUCGUCAACCAUCAGCCAAACGUCACAUCCACACCCUCUGAAUCGAAUCAACCCCCCCUCCCUCUCUCUCUCUCUCUCGGUACAAAAAUCUAAAGAGCCGGCCCGGCAACCGAGCAACAUGAACCCACCUCUUCUCCGUCACCCUCUUCUACCAUAACGAUGAUGAAUUGCCGGAGCUCCAACGCUAAAAUGUGCUGGGCUCUCCCUGUUCCUCCUAUCCUCCGAUUCUCACCACCUUUCCUCCAUCCUCCGCCCCUUCUUCUUUAGGGUUUCUUUUGCCCCUCCUAAUUUCGCUGCCCGCGCUUUUUCCUACCUCUGACCAAUCCAUGGCCACGACCGUUUGGCAAACGGGUUUCGCCCUUCUACUGGUCUUCGGGAGGUUAACAUGCGCUGAGCCCGUUAGGGUUUCUUCAGUGGAGGUCUGCCCCAUGCCGUCCCUGGCGGAUUAUCUUUUGCUGUCUCGAGAUUUAUGUGUGGAUUCGAGUUGGCUAUCAAAUGGUGCUGGAGAUCUUAUCGGUGUCACGGAGGGGGAUGAGGUCUCAUUGCAGAGAGCACUCAAUCUGGUUCACAAGAAUGGUCAUGAAUAUAUAUCUUUGCUUUUCCAUGCAUCUUGGUGCCCAUUCUCUAGAGCUUGUAGACCAACUUUCAGCAUUCUGUCUUCCUUGUAUCCUUCCAUCCGCCAUCUUGCUGUUGAAGAAUCUUCAAUCAGACCAAGCAUACUCUCAAGGUAUGGAGUUCAUGGAUUCCCAACCCUCUUCCUACUGAAUUCCACCAUGCGGGUGCGGUAUCAAGGUUCUCGGACACUCAAUUCUCUUGUUGCUUUCUACAAUGAUGUUACAGGCAUUAAGCCAGCAUCACUAGAUGGAACAUCCUUGGAAAAAAUUGAGAACCCAUCAAAUCUUGCAUAUCUUGAGGACCCUGAUCUGGAAGGUUGCCCAUUUUCAUGGGCAAGAUCCCCAGAGAAUUUGCUUCGGCAGGAGACGUAUCUGGCACUGGCCACCACAUUUGUAGUCCUGAGGUUGCUUCACUUCCUUCUCCCAACACUGUUGGCAUUUGUUCAGCAUGCUUGGAGAAGGUACGUUCAGAAUGCGAGUUUGAUGAGCUUGUGGAAGUAUCCCCUGGCGUAUCUCAAGCAUGCAAUACAUGUAUUUAACGUACCAAAGGAGCCUUGUAAGAGGAACAAUUUGCAGGAAGGAGCAAUGAGUGCCAGGGCAUGGGCAUCAAAAUCACUGGCAUCUGUUUCCAUUGGUGAUUCAAGUUCUAGCAAGGGAUAUUUAGGGAAAUAAAAGGUAAAAGAGAGAACAACCGGAAGCCUUGUCUUGAUCAAGGUUCUAAAUAUCGAUACGCAAUGGCCUGUAUCAGUGCUUUUUUGUGUUUUAUUUAUUUAUUUUUCAAAACCGGUUCAGAGGGGUCGGUUUAAGUCCCAGCUAUCCUCUGAAUCAUGACCUUACCCGAUACAUCUCCUGUAAGGAAGGCCCAAAUAUGAUACAUAUCAAAUGAUACGAGCCGAUAUGUAACGAUAUUUUGAACCUUGGUCUUGAUACUUGAGAAAGAGAUUAGUGAUGGUGGCUGGAGACUUUUCUCUUUUUGGAUAAGAUAAUUAUAGUAGUUAAAGAAAAGCUUUUCUCCCAAAAAUUGCUUUGGUUUUGGUCUGAAGAUGAUGAAAUAUUUAGAGAAGAAAGACGAAAGUGUUGUGCAGGGAUGAAAACUUUGACGGUUGGUUCUGAUUUUAGCGGAUGGUUGAUAAAGAAAAUUAGAUGACACUUGAAGGGCAUUUCCACCUUUUCACAUGCCACUUAGACUGGUUGAGUGGUACUGAUUGAAAGUUCAGGUACUGGAUUGUCACUUAACAGUAUGUACUAGAUUGUCACGUUUCAAAAGCUCAGGUAUUAGAUUGUCACAUUUUAAAGCUUGGGAACCAAAUUGUCACUGUGACAAUUCAAAGUAUAGGGUAC